CACACACCAAGUGGGCAUUACCCAUCGACUGAGCCCAAAGAUAGUACCUAGUAAAGCAAAUGGAUACUUGUCCAAAUUUUAUUGGCUGGAGUGCCACGCAUAUUGUUGGCAUCGACUGAUGGUUUCCAUGUAUGAAUUUUGAAUUUGGUCAGAAAAAAUCAGACUUUAGCGUGAUGAAUAUAACUUAUAAGCCUGAAAAUGGAUGUAGUGACAUUCGGGAUAAUCGUUGCCAUAAUUAUCCUAUUUCUCUGCGCCGUCUGCUUCAUUGCUGUUGAGGGCACCUGCAAAAGAAACUCACCAUCUUAAUAAUCCCAAACCCCUCUUAAAUCUUGCUGAAAUUUCACAUUUCUAUUUUCUCCCGUAUCCUUAUUAUGGGGGAGUUUUCAGAUAAGCACUCGCAGAUCUGUUCGCAUUUCUUCGGCGUUUUGGUGAUUGUGGGGUUUCUAUUCAGUGCGGCCAUCGGUCAUCAGUGUAGCCAUGGACACGGCGGCCAUCAUGAUAACCACCAUCAUCAUGAUGUGCACGAUGAGGAUUUAGGAUCGAUCAAGGAAAAUGAACGGCCGCGAACCCUUCUUCCUGAGGAAAUUGCUGAAGAGGAAGAUCUGAAGAUGAUGUGGGCCCAGGAUGAUAAUCAUGUCCACGACUUUGGGCAUGGACAUAAUGGGCAUAAGCAUGAUGUCGACCUUUCUGGGCGUGGCCUCUGGAUCCAUGCCAUGGCUUGCUCGCUAUUGGUUAGCUUUGCUUCCCUUAUUUGCCUGAUUUUGUUGCCUCUAAUAUUUAUACAGGGGAAGCCAUCAAAGGCAAUUGUUGAUUCCUUAGCUUUAUUCGGGGCUGGAGCCAUGCUGGGUGAUGCUUUUCUUCAUCAGUUGCCACAUGCUUUUGGUGGCGAGCACUCCCAUUCACAUGAUCAUCCUGAUGAUCACGAUCACCAGCAUGCUAAUUUUGGACCCUCACAUUCACAUUCCUUAAAAGAUCUUUCUAUUGGUUUGUCAAUCUUGGCUGGAAUUGUAGUGUUUCUCAUUGUAGAGAAACUUGUGAGAUAUGUGGAGGAGUUUUCUGGAGGAGAAAGUGCUUGGGGCAUUGGUCACCACCACCACCAUCAUAAACACACCAACAAAUUAAGUGAAGAAGAUCAUGCAUGUGAAAAUAAUCAAAUAGCGUCGCAUGAAGAGAAGAAAGAAAGUUUUUCAUCGGAUAAGAAAUAUGAAGAGAAAGAAUUGGAUGGCCCUGCUGAGACUUCCUCCAGUGAUAAAACAAGUGAAAUAGAUUCAUUGAGGAAGAGAACUACUAGCAGUAAUGUUUAUAAAAAUGGAACUGUUUCAUGUGCUAAAAGCAUCUCCAAUAGUAACAGUGAGUCUGUUCAUAUUGAAGAAUCUGGCAAGUCCCGUUCAAGUUUGGUGUUUGGUUAUCUCAACCUAUUCUCAGAUGGAGUGCAUAAUUUUACUGAUGGGAUGGCAUUGGGAAGUGCUUUCCUCCUUUAUGGUUCAGUUGGUGGUUGGUCGAGGACUCUGUUUCUACUUGCUCAUGAGCUUCCUCAAGAGAUAGGUGAUUUUGGAAUUUUGGUGAGAUCUGGUUUCAGUGUCUCCAAAGCCCUUUUCUUUAACUUUCUAUCAGCACUUGUAGCAUUAGCUGGGACUGCACUGGCUUUAAUGUGGGGAAAAGAUACCGGGCAGUCGUCUUUGAUUGAGGGCUUUACUGCAGGUGGGUUUAUCUACAUUGCACUUGGGGUUUUGGCUGAGACGAGCAAUGGAGUUUUGAGUAUAAAAAAUACAGCUAUACAAUUAAUCUCGUUGGCUUCGGGUAUUGGUGUUGCUCUUUGUAUAUCUCUUGUAGAAUGAUUCUAUACUUCAUAUGGUUUGUCAGAGAAUCUGCUGUGUAGCUUUUAGUACCCUCUCCUGUUUGUGAUUGUGCGUCAUAUUUUAUCGGAAUCCAAAAGCGAGCAAAAUGCCUCGGCUUUUAACACACGAAUUUAUUUGGUCGAGAAUACUAGACUUUUUAGUGUUUAUUUCCUAAUCAAAUCUAACACAAUUUGCUCCUUAUAGAGACUUUAGUUACUUCCUUUAUACAUUGUUUCCCCAUUGAAUAAUAUAUAUGUUUUAUGAGGACCU